AAAUGUUCAUCAAACGUCAAAGGUAAAUAAUCCAGCAGGCAGCCGUAGUGACCGCGUGUGUUUGUCUUAACGGCGUUGGUGAAAAUAUUGUUUUAUAAACUGUACAAUAUCAAUAAAGAAGGAAUUUGUUUUUAUUGUGAAGAACAUUAAAAAGUUAGUGGUGACAGGGGACGAUAAAUUUUGUUUUUUCCAAGCACCGAGUGUUUCCGGAUAAACUAUGGGUAAACCAGGUUUCUCGCCACGAGGAGGUGGUGGUGGUGGUCGUGGAGGACGUGGUGGUGGAGGUGGACGCGGAGGAGGUGGUGGCUCUAGAGGAGGCUUUGGCGGGCGUGGUGGUGGAGGCGGCCGUGGAGGUUUCGGAGGCCGUGGUGGUGGUGGUGGACGUGGAGGGGGAGGUCGUGGUGGUCCUGGUGGACGCGGUCGCGGCGGAGGUCGUGGUGGUGGAGCAAAAGGAGGCGGCUUCAAGGGUGGCAAAACCGUUGUUAUUGAACCACAUCGCCAUGAGGGAGUAUUCAUUGCCCGUGGUAAAGAGGAUGCAUUAGUUACCCUGAAUUUAGUUCCUGGAUCGGAAGUUUACGGCGAAAAAAGGAUAUCUGUUGAGACAAAUGGAGAGAAGAACGAAUACAGAGUUUGGAACCCGUUCCGAUCGAAACUUGCAGCCGCUGUUCUUGGUGGGGUCGAUAAAAUUCAUAUGCCACCUGGUUCUAAAGUUCUUUACCUCGGCGCUGCUUCAGGAACUACCGUAUCGCAUGUAUCUGACGUGGUAGGACCGGAGGGUCUGGUAUAUGCUGUAGAAUUCUCACACCGAUCUGGCCGUGAUCUGAUAAACGUGGCCAAAAAACGCACCAACAUUAUUCCUAUCAUUGAGGACGCCCGCCAUCCUCAUAAAUACCGUAUGUUGGUUGGUCUGGUGGAUACGAUUUUUGCCGAUGUUGCCCAGCCGGACCAAGCUCGAAUUGUAGCCCUCAAUGCCCAUCAGUUCUUGCGGAAUGGUGGCCACUUUGUAAUAUCCAUUAAAGCAUCCUGCAUCGACUCGACAGCUGUUCCAGAAGCGGUAUUUGCAGCAGAAGUCAAAAAGUUACAGGCUGAAAAACUUAAGCCACAGGAACAGAUCACACUAGAACCAUACGAACGAGACCAUGCCGUUGUAGUGGGAGUCUAUAGACCACCACCAAAAAGCGGAUAAGGGAUGUAUUUUGUUUUUAAAAUUUAAUAGAUUUAACAAAUAGAAACUAUGAUUUCUAUUCAGAAUUACAUAUUAAAAUGUUUCCAUUGCAAGAAUUGAGGUAAAAUAGAUUUAUGUUUCAAAUUCAAACGUAACAUACGCAGGAGUAAAUAAAAGUAAAAAAUCAUUUAAGCUUUA